UCCAACACCUGUGACUCCAUCUUCGUGAAUGGGAAGGAAAUGAAGAGCAAAGUGGACACCAUCGUGAACUUCACCCACCAGCACUUCACCUCACAGGUGGAGUUCACCGUGUGGGUGCCCCGGCUGCCCCUGCAGGUGGAGAUCUCUGACACAGAGCUGAGCCAGAUCAAGGGCUGGAGGGUCCCAGUGGCCUCCAACAGGAGGCCGACCCGCGAGAGUGACGAUGAGGAGGACGAGGAGAAGAAGGGCCGCGGCUGCUCCCUGCAGUACCAGCACGCCCUGGUGCGCGUCCUCACCCAGUUUGUGGCCGAGUCACCCGACCUGGGUCAGCUGACCUACAUGCUGGGCCCCGACUGGCAGUUUGACAUCACUGACCUCGUGACCGAGUUCAUGAAAGUGGAGGAGCCGAGAAUCGCCCAGUUACAGGAUGGCAGGACCCUGGUGGGCCGGGAGCCGGGCAUCACCACCGUGCAGGUCCUCUCGCCUCUCUCUGACUCCAUCCUGGCUGAGAAGACCGUGAUUGUCCUGGAUGACCGGGUCACCAUCGCAGAGCUGGGCGUGCAGCUGGUGGCCGGCCUGUCCCUGUCCCUGCAGCCCCACCGAGCAGACAGGAGGGUCAUCGUCUCCACCGUGGCUGCCCGGGGCGUCCUCCAAGCACCACAGCAGGAAGCUACCAUCAGCUCUUGGCUUCUGUUCAGUGACGGUUCAGUGACACCUUUAGACAUUUACGAGCCCAAGGAUUUCUCCAUGGCUGUCUCGUCCUUGGAUGAAAUGGUGGUGUCCGUCCAGCCAAACCUUCAGUCCGGAUGGCCGGUGCUGGUGGCAGAGGGUGAAGGCCAGGGCCCCCUGAUCAAGUUGGAGAUGCUGAUCAGCGAACCCUGUCAGAAGACCAAGAGGAAGAGCGUGCUGGCCGUGGGCAAGGGGAACGUCAGGGUCCAGUUCGGGCCCCUCACCGAGGAGCAGCAGGGGGGCAGCAACGACAUCGAGGGCGUCAGCCGCGAGUACAGAGACCACGUGGGCAACUCCAUCCAGCGGGAGGGCAGCCAGGAGCGGGCGGUGCAGGAGUGGGGCCACCGUGGGGCCCCGGCCGGCCCGGAUGAGCGUGGCAACCGCAGCGCCACCCCCGGGGCUCCCGAGGGAGGGGGCGAGAAGAAGCUCCUGAAAGGCGGGGCCGACCCCUUCACCAGCUUCCCCACGCGGGGGAGGUCGCCCCACGCCGCGGAGGGGCCCGGCGGCGGGGGGGACCUGACCGUGAGCUCCCGCGGCCUGACCGACCUGGAGAUCGGCAUGUACGCCCUGCUGUGCGUCUUCUGCCUGGCCAUCUUGGUCUUCCUGAUCAACUGCGUGGCGUUCGCGUGGAAGUACAGACACAAGAGGUUUGCCGUGAGCGAGCAGGGUAACAUCCCCCACUCCCACGACUGGGUGUGGCUGGGCAACGAGGUGGAGCUCCUGGAGAACCCGGUGGACAUCACGCUGCCCUCCGAGGAGUGCACCACCAUGCUGGACCGGGCGCUGCCCUUCGAGGAGAGGAACUUCCUGCUCAACGGCAGCUCCCAGAAGGUCUUCCACAGCCAGCUGCUCAGACCCUCCGACUACGUCUACGAGAAAGACCUGAAGACGGAGCCCGGCAACCCCGGGGGCCCCAAGAGGAAGAGGGUCAAGUUUACUUCCUAUACCACCAUCCUCCCCGAGGACGGCGGCCCCUACACCAACUCCAUCCUGCUGGACAGCGAAGAGGACAUCAAGUGGGUGUACCGGGAUGAGGGCGGGGCGCAGGACUUUAGAGACUACAUGGAGAGGCUGCAGGACCAGAUGUGA